UGGAAAUACUGCAAAGUGGAGGACCACCAAUGACUUGUUUAUGGAUUGGUCCUUUCCCAAUUCCAAUACUUGGUGGGGUCAAAAACAUACAGAAAAUUCUAAACAGUUCGUGUACUUUAGAAAAGGCAAAUGAAUUGGCCUACAUUGAUCAAUUUAUGUGUAAUGGAUUACUAACUGCUCCUGGUCACAUUUGGAAAAUAAAACGCCGACAUAUUAAUCCUCUGUUUCAUCCACGCAACCUUGAGCUGAUGUUGCCAACAUUCAACCGAAAUAGUGAAGAAUUGGUGACAAACUUGUCCAAACACGUUGGCAGUGGACCGUUUGAUGUGAUGCAUAACGUGAUGGAUGCAGCUCUCAAAACUGUUUGCAAUCUAAUAUUUGGACCAGAUAUAGAAGUCGACACAGAAUCUCAAAGCUUCAGAGGUCUUAGAUGUAUUGUGGAGAGGAUUCCAGAAAUAUUUAUUUAUCGAGCCACUCGAUUUUGGUUGAGAUUUGAUGUUAUAUUUGAAUUUCUUUAUGGGAAGGAAAUAAAUGAGAUGAACAAGCUUUGGCAGGAAUUUACUGAGCCUCUUUUAAGGAUAGCAAAAAGUAAAUGGGAAAAUAAAAAUCAAGUUGAGAACCAAAUUGAAAAUGAUUCUACGAACAAUUCAACUGACAAGAGUCCAGGACUGUUGAACCUACUUGACGUCCAUGGUGUUAUGGAGCAAAAAUUUCCUGAAUUUACAGAAACUGAUCUGAAAUAUGAAAUGAUAACACUUUAUACUACGGGAACUGAUACAAUAGGAGGAGCAGUGUCUACUUGUUUACUCUUGCUGGCCCAAUACAAGGAUAUUCAAGAUCGUCUCUAUCAAGAAAUAGCAGCACCAGACAAUAUAGAAAAGGAUGUUACGAUGGAAGAUAUUAAAAAGUAUACGUACUUGGACCAAGUGUACAAAGAGACCUUGAGAUGGGCCAACAUUGUCCCCCUAGUGGCAAGGAGGACAACGGAAGAUCUUGUGCUAAGUGGUGUGACAAUACCAGCUGGUUACACGGUCGCAGUUGCUAUGAUAGCCAGCCACUUGGACCCAAAGAUAUUCCCAAAUCCACUAACUUUUGAUCCAGAGCGAUUCUCUUCUGAAAAUAAUGCAGAACGAGAACCAUACUCUUUCUUGCCUUUCAGUGGGGGCUCGCGAAACUGCAUUGGUCAACAUUAUACUAACAUGUUGAUGAAGGUCAUGUUAGUUCAUAUUUUGAGGAGGUACAAAAUAUCUACUGUCAAAGACGUUCACAAGUUGAGGAGGAAAAUGGUGAUAACUCUGAUCAGUGUGGAAGGAUACCAAAUAAUGUUGGAAAACAGAGAGCACUAAGAAUACAUUUUAAAUUGACUUUUGUACCUUGAUGGAGUACUACUUUUCCAUCUUAAAGUAAAACCAUGUACUUUGAGUUGUUAUUUAAGCUUCAUAUU